CCUUUGCCGGACUAGGAAAAUUCAUUGCAAUUGUCAUCGAGAUUAUUAAACAAAUAAGCUUAUUAGUUGUCACGUUGGCAGCCAUUGUCAUGAUCUUUGCAAAUUCCCUAUUUGUGCUCCUGAGAGAUACCGAUCCCCAAGAUUUGGUUUCACAAUACUCAGGAAGUGUCACUAAUUCUACAAAUGGUGAAGCUAUAGGAUCCAUUACCUUGACAGAAACACCGUCUGAUUCUACUAACAUUUGGGUUAGACUUGAUUGGUCUAUGUUGGCCACAUAUUCUUUCUUGGGAAUUGGUUGGGACGGAGUUUCGGCUUUUGAGCCAACUCUACCACUAUCGAUUAUGAAGAUUAUGUUUAGUUUUCUAGCAGUAAUAUUGCUCCUUAAUGUACUUAUUGGUUUGAUAACCUAUGUCUUUAGUGAUGGUUUGCAAGUUGCUAGACAAGCGUUCUUACGUCAACGCGCUGAACUCAUAGCGGAGAUUGAAUUGUUUAUAUUAACGCCAGCACAACGUCAAGAAAUCGAUUGGUUUCCGCAUUUAAUAUAUUAUGAGACGCACGCCGAUUACGUAAAUAAUUGGAGACAAAAAUUAGAUCAAGAGGAGCGAGGCACGGUCGAUGUAGAUUUUGUACGAAAGGAGUUACAAUUUGUUAAGGAAGAAUUGCAAAGAGACUUAAAAGAAUUAAAAAAUUUAGGAAGUUAA